AUGGAGCUUGGAAUUUUACGUCGUGAAAGUGUCGGAUCUGGCACGCAACGACAUUGUGAGAGUGAUACGAUCACUAAAUUUGAAAUCAUGGAUGGUGCACCGGUUAAAAAUGAGAGUGUUCCAGUACGUCUGUAUCUCGCUCCAUAUGCACUCACACCCACGUACCACAAUGUUCAGAACCGGUUCUCAGUCAAGUACUUUUUGAAUCUCGUCUUGGUAGAUGAAGGAGAUCGCCGAUAUUUCAAGCAACAAGAAAUUACACUUUGGCGAAAGACUUUCGGAUGA